GUCGUGCUGUGCUCCACGCCUGCUUUAUGUGCGCCAACGGAACUUAGACGGGUGAUUACCACCACUGAGAACAUGGACAUCUCGACUGAUACAGCUUCGGGCGUCGCAAGUGAAGUUACAAACGCGACGCUUCAAGUCUUGCAGGAUGUUGGAGACAGUUACAGAUGUCCCCCCUGUCCACCAUUGCUUCCUCCUGUUCUCUCUCCAUCUGUCAACCAAUGCCUCUCCUGCAAUUUAGGCUUCGACAGCAUCGAUCAACUCUUGGUGCACAACGUUGCCUGUCACGAGACACGCCAGUCACUUCAUGCGGUGCCUGUUGCACCUGACACUGAUGAUGAGGCGGACGGUGGAUUGCCUAGUUUGGGACAUAAAUGCAUCGUCUGUGGUGACGUCAUCGAACCCUGGGCUGCACUCCGUAGGCACAUGACGUCACACGAUCCGACACCACCUGAUGCAGCCUUCUUUAACGACUGGCGCAUGGCAGACGGAACCUUUAGAUGUCCCAUUUGUGGUCAAACUGUGAGCAGGCUUCGCCGCCAUUACGCCCGCCACACGAAUGUUCGCACGUUCUGCUGUCCACAGUGUCCGCGUACCUACAAGACAAGCUUACACUUCCUUGUCCACUUCAGGAGGAUUCACACUACGCUAGUUCGCACUUAUAAAUGUGACCAGUGCGAUUUUACGACUACUUAUGGCCACAUUUUACGUAGUCACACGUUGAGACAUGCUGGCAUAACUCAGGGAGAACGGUGCGAAGUUUGCUUCAAGCUCAUCAAAAAGGGCGGUCUUCUAUACCACCUCUACCAGCAUACGGGUGAAAGGUCAUAUAAGUGCCAAUACUGUCACUCCGGCUUCAUCCUUCCUUCACUCCUAAGACGCCAUGUCGGACGCAUGCAUGGGAGAGUGGAACGCCCUUCUGACCAUGAGGGACGCAAGAGACAUCCAGCACAGGCUCCCGUAGAGGCACUCUCAGACGACGGCCUACCGGGCUUGGACAACCAAUGUGUCGUCUGUGGCAAGACAUUCUCCCUGUGGCAUCUACUGCGAACACACAUGCAGACGCAUGAUUCUGCUCCGUCGGAUCCAAGAUUAUUGGACACCUGCCGCUUGGCGGAUGGAACUAUUCAGUGUCUUAUCUGCGGUAAACACCAAGACAACAUGAGCAGUCUUCGCUGUCACUACAGGCGUCACACCGACGUUCAUCCUUUCAACUGCCCAAGGUGUCCACGUACAUACAAGACGGCUUACCGCUUUAUCGCCCACUUCAAAAGAGCUCACACAUCACUAGCCCGGAUUUAUCGAUGUGAUCUGUGCGAUUUCACGACCUUCCACUCAUACAUACUACGCAGACAUAAUCUGAAACAUGAUGGUAUCGUUGAAAGAGAACGUUGCGAGGUAUGCUUCAAGAUGAUCGGGAAGACGAAAUUGCGGUACCAUUACCUUAUUCACACAGACGAGAAACCGCACGUUUGCAACGUGUGCGGCAAAGGAUUUCGUGUUGGAACACUUCUGAGACGACAUAUUGCUUACGUACACUUGGGCAAGAAACACAAGUACGAACGCAGAGACUGUCAUGUGUGUGGUGUGAAGGUACAUGCCCAAUCUUUAGAGUCACACAUGCGGCGUCACACCGACGAACCUACCAACGUCUGCUGCAUCUGUGGGAGGCACUUCUACAGCCUCAAGAGAUAUAUCCUUCAUAUGGAGAGAAUGCACGUACGCAUCAAAGAUCGGAAAUGCCCGGUCUGCCAGAAGGCAUUCUACGAUGCCUGGGAGGUGUCUCAACACAUGCCGGUGCACGUGGACGAGAAGCGGUUCAAGUGCGAAGUGUGCGGGAAAGGGUUCAAGUGGAAGCACAAGAUCGGGGACCACAUGAAGACACACAGUGAGGAGCGCCCCUUUAAAUGCGAGCUCUGCGGGGAAGCGUUUAAGUGGAAGCAUAAUCUGGCCAACCACGUGCGAGCAAAACACAAAUGAAUCCUAUGUUCGAUCCUGACCGCGUUCCCUUCACUGGGCAACACUAAUAUAGUCUGAAGAACGGGUGGGGAUUUACGUUAUAUAGGGGGGCGUGUGCUGGUAAUGCAUCAACGAAGGGACGGACGGGGACAAGGCCAGACGGUAAGCCACAAGACAAGAAAGAGAAAAGCGCUAAACUUGUAAUGACAGAAAGGCCUGGUGGUUCGAGAGAGGUGUCAGUGUUUGUUCCGUUUGUCCCUGUACAUAAAACCUGUCCGGAGGUUGUCGGCAUUCUCGGUCCUUCUGUCAUUAAAUGCUCGGCCGAGUUAGAAGACGUGUCAUUUUCUUCCUUGUAUGUACCAGCCCUCCCAUGCCCGUUUACAGACUGACAAGGUGGUGGCGACAGCAUCCACGCAGCAGAGAAGCAAUGUGGUCAAUCUGUAGAUUUGCAAUGCGUGACGAAAGGUUAGGUUUUAAAUCCAAUGACAUUUCUAUGAACCCUAUAGAGACUUUAAGUGAGGCGGGGCAUGCAACCAGAUGAUGAUAACGUAACCAUAUAACGCGGUAGUAUGCUCCAACACAACGCACUUGAUGUCCUCGGUAUCUAUCUAUCGAUUGGUUGACUUGAUUGGAACGAACUCCCCACAAACCUCGCAUUCAUUGACGAAAUAUUGAACCUUCAGCAAGCAAAUUCUCCCUCCCAUACCAUUAUCACCGCGCACAUCAACGUAUGUAAUUUUUGGUGUUCGUGUAGUAUUGUUUAUUGUAACACUGUGUAAGCCGCUCUAACAUACUUUAGCAUUUUGUAAAACUUCGUUUUAUUGUAUUCUCACCCCCAUGGUAAUGUCCAUUAGGACCCCUGGGGUACUAUGGAUUAAAUAAUAAUUAGAUAAAUACAUUACCUAAGUAACAAUUAUGUAAGUGCACCCUGUUUGGUGAUUUUUUAAUUGGUUGAUUGAUGAGUAGAAGGGUGCGGUUUCAUGCGGGACCGCGUACGUUACGUUAUAUGUUGAAAGGCGAUAGCAUUUAUGAUUCCAUUGCGGAGAUGAAAAGAACGAGGUGAGGGUAUAGCCCCCUGGAUGAGCUCAUAAAUGCUAUGACAUUUCCAUGACAGAUUUCUUCGUUUGCUUGUUUUGGUUCUUCUGCUCUGCAUGACCUUUCAAUAAACGCUUGUUGUCUGGA